UUGACAGUAAACAUCAUUAGAGUAAAGCAUUUCUGUUUACAACAUAAUGGGUGAAAGAUAUAUUCAUAAUAUUCAUAGUCAGUUGGAACAUCUACAAAGUAAAUAUAUCGGUACUGGACAUGCGGAUACAACAAAAUAUGAGUGGCUAACGAAUCAGCAUCGAGACUCUUUGGCAUCUUAUAUGGGACACUACGAUAUGUUAAACUACUAUGCGAUUGUUGAGAACGAAUCCAAGGCUCGAAUUCGUUUUAAUUUAAUGGAACAUAUGCUUCAACCAUGUGGACCCCCGCCAGAAAAACCGGAGGAAUAGAUAAUAUAUAAUUUACCAAUCUGUCCAAACCAGAUGCGAUCGCAGGCCAAUACAAAUCACUGUAUAGAUUAGGGGGCUGAAGAAACAAAUACAUUGUUCAUAGUUGUUUUUGACAAAAAUAAAAAUGCAGUUAUAAUGUGAAAUUUA